AUUCCAAAUCCGAUCGAAUGCGGCAGCGGUCAAUUUCCUAGCUCUAUAUAAGCGGGUGUUGGGUUGGCGUUCUGAUCAUAAUUAAUUCAGGUGUUCUACCGUAACCUACUUCCUUGGGAGACGAACGAAACCAAAUCACAGACCAAUCAUGAAGUGCAUGGUAGCUGCAGUCAUAUUGGCGCUGGCCGUCGUCUCCGAAGCCGGAAUCGUCCCCGCUUGGCCAUAUGGAGUGGCAGCCCACUGGGGAGCACCAACCGUCAUCCAAUCGAACGUUUUGGCCCAUCCUUACGGAGCACUGUCCCAUGCUGCUAUCCAUGCUGCCUACCCUGCUGCUUUACCAGCGAUUCCUGCUCUGGCACCAGCUGUCUAUGCUGCCCCCAUCCUUGCUGCUCCCCAUCUGCCAGCUGCUUCGGUUGCGCAUCACGCUGGGGUCGUUCCCGGAGCCACCUCCGUAACAGCUACCCGAGGUGCAGUGCACGUUGCUCCACUGCCCGGACACGCCCUUUCGCAGCAACAGUUGAACCUUGCUCCGGCACCAGGAACCAUCUGAUUCGAUCGACUCCCGGAACACCUGACCCAUGCUAGUCACUGGAUCUGAGAAGGAUUCCAAUUUUCCAAAUAGUGGAACCGAUGAACUAUCUUGGAUCAAGGGUUACCACAUUCUGUAUUCUAUACCCAACUGUCUAUCACUCUGUCGUUCAAAAGUGCACUCUAUCGCAUCCUAGUUAAGUCCAUCUCGAAUGAAUGCAAGUUCUGGACCAGCAAGUGAAUAAAAUUGUUUUCAUUAUUUCUCCAUAA